AUGGCGUUGGAUGUCGAUCUGUACUUGCAACAGGUCACAUUAGCGAGCAACUAUGCCAAUGUUAUCAAGAACAUCAAUAGUAAUGAGGAGUUGAUAGCUUAUGACCAGGUGGUUCGGAAGAUCAGAACGACAAGAGAUGAUUUUGUGUCGUUUGAGUUUGCUCAUGAAGGGAGAAGAAUAUCGAUUGGUUGUGUGCCCAUCAUAACAAUCAGCAUCCUACAUGUUCUAACCAGGGUUCAGGAGGAGGAUUCCAGCAAGGCAAGCAGCAGUGAGCUUGGGCCUACAACUUCUGACACGUUGAAAUUCGAGACAUUGUCGCUGAAUGACUCACCUCCUGCACUUGACUCAUCCGAUCGGUCAGAGGAGCCAAGCAUAGCUGAUUUGCUCUUAAAUCAGCCUACAUUUGACAGCGUUGACGAUUGUAUGGACUAUUUUUGUAAUAGUGAGAGAGCAGCUCGAGCUGCUCGAGAUAAGGUGCUACCAUUUUCCCAGCAGCCUACACUAGACAAAUUUGAAGCUGAACGGGUGCUGGUAACACCAAAUCAAGCUCAGCCAGUUCGAGCACAAGAACAAGCAUCAGCAGUUGCAGCACAAGGGCGAUAUGAAGGUUCCAAAGGAAAAAUUGCUGAUAAUGGGAACAGAUGGAUGAGCGAGGAGUUGUGGGUAGCAUUUCAAAAAUACCUUCAGAAAGAAGAUGAUCUUAAGGAAUUUGACUGUGAAUUUGAAGAACUUAAACACCAGUGUUUUCAUGUGGAAAAUUAUUGCAAAAUCUUCCAUCACUUCAACUUUACUGUAAAGAUGAAGAAACACGGUUCAAGUGAGUGGACCUCGACUCUUUACUUCGCCGAAGUAAAAGAAAUAUUCAGGCGGAAAAUUUACUUCUGCUGCCCUCUCGAGCAGCAUGAGAAUGGUAUGAGAAUCUUCCUCUUAAUGAAGUCAAUACCUGCGAGCAAAAGUAAAUUUUCCGCCUGA